AUGAACUCGAUCCACGAAGCAGCCGUGGCGGGUAACAGCGAAAAAUUGAAGCUGCUGAUUGAAAACGGUACAAAUGCAAAUUUAAAAGAUUCGAAAGGUCUUCGUCCAUUACAUUAUGCAGCGUGGCAAGGUCGUACCGAAUCAGUUUUUAUCCUUUUACGUGCUGGUGCUCAUGUUAAUGAACAGUCAUUCGAUGGUGACACAUCAUUACAUUUGGCAAGUCAGUACGGCCAUCAUGAAAUCGUACAAUUACUUUUGUUUCAUCAUGCCGAUCCAACAUUGUUAAAUCGUCGUUUACUAACACCAAUCGAAUUAGCAUGCGAACAUGGGCAUUUUCAUGUAGUGAAUUCACUCGUACAUAAUCGAUUGUGCCAACAGAUGAUUUUAACUAAUACUAAUGAACAAUGUUCACCAUUACAUUUAGCAGCAAAAAAUGGUCAUACUGAUAUUGUUCGAUUAUUAUUAAUGAAUGGAAUCGACAUUAAUCGCGUGACGAUGAAUGAUGGCACUGCAUUGCAUGUUGCAUGUAGAAAUGGACGAUAUGAAACAGCUAAAUUACUAUUAGAAUGUGGCAUUGAUGUUAAUCUUCGUAAUACAUUCGAGCAAACAGCUUAUGAAGUAGUGAUCAAACAGAAAAGUGGUAAUGAUAUUAAACGAUUAAUAAAAGAAUUUUCUGAUGCCAUAUUGGUUCGAGCUAUCCGAUCAUAUGCCGAUAAUCAUGUUGGAGCUUUGAAUUUUAAUGAAGGCGAUUGUAUAACUGUUUUUGAUCGUAAUCCAACAGGUCAAUGGCGUGGUUUUAUUCUACAAGAAGAUCUUACCACUCGGACGGGUUACUUUCCGAUAACCAAUGGUAAAGAAAUUCAGCCGUGCACUGACAAUCAUUCUUUCAGCGAUACCGAUUCUAUGUCACGAUCGUCCCAAGUAGAUUCAGCUUUAACAACAAUCUCGAAUUGGAAUUCACGUGCGCGACAUCACAGUCCAAUGAAUAAUAUCUAUCGUCACAGUGCAGCAAGCAGUAUUGAUAGUGGCCGAAGUUCAACGCUUAUAUACGAUAGUCCAAAAACUCUUGCUCUAUCAAGUUUUAUGAGUAUUGGCGAUGCUCGUUCUAUAUCAAGCAGUGAAUCGAAAUCAUCCGAUCCCGAUAAAACAAGCUAUCGAAGUUCGAGCAGUAGCUUAGAUGAAUCUGGUGUAUUGAAUAUCAAUAAACUCCUCCGUAACGGAAUACCAGAAAAUGAAAUUGUCUAUACAUGGCUACGAGAAUUUUCCUAUGAAAAUUAUGCAGAAAAUUUCAUAACUCAUGGUUAUGACAUACAAACUAUUGUUCGAAUGACACCUGAAGAUCUAACAGCGAUUGGUAUUACGCAUCCAUCGCAUCGUAGGAAAAUCAAAAAUGAAAUUGCUCGUUUACAUUUACCAGACGGUUUACCGGAUUUUAAACCUGAUACACUCUAUGAUUGGCUCUAUUAUCUUCGUCUCGAUGAAUAUAUGCCAUUAUUAAAUAAACAAAAUUAUAAAAUGUUAUCAGAUAUAGUUAGUAUUGCUUGGGAAGACCUGGAAGAUAUCGGUAUUACACGUUUAGGCCAUCAGAAACGUUUUAUGCUUGGUAUUAAACGUCUCAUUGAUAUUGACAAAGGACACUAUCAACCCAAUCCGAAUAAAAUUAAUAAUCCAUCAAUCAAACAAAGUAAAUCAACAAUUGAACGUUGCAAUUCUUUAGAGCACAAUCAAUUUAUUCGUCCGACAGCAAAUGGUGAUUCGUCGGCUUAUGCAACUCUUCGAAAACCUCAUUGUUCGCCGAAUUCUCUAAUUAGUAGUAAACAAUGUAAUGGAUCAGCUGGAACUCACAUGCCAGCGUUAUCCUUUCGUUUACCACCACCGUUGUCGUCAGCAGUAAUGAAUUCAUCUACUAAUAAUUAUCAACCAAUGUCAACAAGUCGAACACGCAGCUUAGAAAAUAUUAAUAUGAAUCAACGAAAAUUAGAAGCACAUAUCAGCCAAUAUAAACCAGUUACAUCUCAAUAUGCACAAAUUUCACCUAUGAUGAAUAAUUUAGGAUCAAAUAAUGAUACGAAUCUAUCAUCAAGUACAGAUUCAACGAAUUGUAUUCCAUUUGCAAAUGAAAACAUGGGAACAAUUAAACAGCGUUCAUCAGUAAAUCAUUAUAAUGCGUUAACAGUAAAACAGCCAUUUGAUACAAUGAAACGUGGGUUACCUAUUGACUUUUUCCAACCAGCAACAAUUCAUGCAAUAACAACAACGCCUAUUUAUGAUAAUAAUGAACGUUGCACUCGUAAGACUCCAAUUUCGCCUUAUAGACAAAUACGAAAACCAUCGUUAAUAACAAAUGAACGAGAUAUAUUAUCCGUCAAUACCGAUGAAAAUUUACAAUUUAUUGAAACAUCGAAAAAAACCACAGACAAUAAAACAGUCAAAAAUGAUGCAACAAAUGUUUUAUCUGAUAUUGAUUCAAUGCUAUCUGAUCUCAAUCGUGAACUUGAUCAAAUGCUUGAUUAUGAAGCAACGACUUCAAUUCGAUCUUAA